AUGUUCCAGCAAGCUGCUACCAAUCCAUGGUACAAUGUCACUGGAGGUGAGGCAUUGCCCCCGACCACAUUGCCAAUCAAGUUGCAGCCUUUGACUAUGAUGAAGGAUGAUCACUAUCAGUGGUUAUUUGAAUUCUAUGUCAAGGCUUACUGGAGUACAAGUGUUUCCUUCUGUGUGGUAGGGAGAAUUCCAAUGGGUGAGGAUGUAUUUGUGAACAAUCAGAUUCAAGAGGUGAAGAAGAUUUCGUUGCUGGGGCAAGAGUACUGCAGUGGUGAAAAGAAGAAGUGCGAGUCUUUUGUGGGAGUAUUGUUUCUUGAGAGAACAAAUGACAAUGUAUCUGAAUUCCCUGGUCAAAUAAAUUAUUUAUUUACUCAUACCAUCAAGAUCGGUGAAGUCAAAAGAGUGUCAACGUUUGCAUUCAUUAAAUGGUUUCCCGCCUACCAUUCAAGUAGUCAUCAGCCAUUAGCUGAUCAAGAUCUGCAGUUGUGGGAUAAGGGAUUUAUAGAAGAAGAUGCUUUGUGCAUUGUUCCAGUGCAUCAUCUGCAUUCGUGCUUUGCGUUGACUACGCAUAAAUUGCAGAGUGGGACGCAAAAGCACCUGGUUAUUCCACUGCCUAGAAAAGUAGUCACAUAA